UAGCCUUUAAAGAUUUAGUUUGCAACAAUGUCUACAAGACUUAAAAUCUCCACAGUGGUUUGUUUUAUUAGCUUUAAUUUAUAUUUGACAAGUGGUGCAAGAAUCUUAGGAGUGUUCCCAACCCCUUCGAUUAGUCAUCAAGUUGUAUUUCGUCCUUUAGUGCAAGAACUUGUGAAGCGAGGGCAUGAAGUGACAGUAAUAACCACAGAUCCUGCAUUCAAACCAGGGCAGGCACCGACCAACUUAACCGAGAUAGAUGUCCAUGAUCUUUCUUACAAAAUAUGGAUUAAUGCUUUGGAGGAAAUGAAGACAGGAAUCGAAGAUGAUGAUGUAUAUUCUCAAAUCCAAGUCGUAAUAAUAUCAAUGUCCAAGGUAUUUGAAGCUCAAAUAGCUACUGAUGAAGUUCAAAAAAUAAUUACAAAGAAAAAGGGACAGUUUGAUUUAUUACUUUUAGAAGCUUUUAUAAAACCUACCUUAGCUUUUACUCAUGUUUUCAAUGUUCCAACUAUUCAGAUCAGUUCAUUCGGUGGAUUGCAAUAUAAUUUCGAAGUAGUUGGAGCCCCAUUACACCCUUUACUAUAUCCAACGAUUGUGAGCCAAAGAAUAUAUAAUUUAUCUAGCUUUGAAAAACUACAACAGCUGUAUAAACUGUUGAAAAUUAAUAGGUUUUACGAUUUAGCAGAGCAAGACGAUGAUAAGCUUUUAAAAAAAAUAUUUGGACCAGAUAUUCCAUCCUUACGAGACUUAACUCAUAAUGUUCAUAUGUUGUUUCUCAAUUUUCAUCCAAUGUGGUCGAAUAACCAACCAGUUCCACCGAGUGUAGUGUGUAUUAGGGGGAUACAUAAUGAUCAACAAAAAGAGUUACCAAAGGACUUGAACGAUUUAUUAAACAAAUCAAAACAUGGUGUUAUUUACUUUAGCUUUGGAACGAACGUAAGACCGUCGAUUAUGCCACAAAAAAAAGUUCAAAUGAUGAUCAAGGUUUUUUCGGAGCUUCCAUAUGAUGUAAUAUGGAAGUGGGAUUUGGAUUCUAUGCCUGGAAAGUCAGAUAACAUCAAAUUGUACAAGUGGCUACCGCAAUCAGACCUUCUACGACAUCCAAAAAUUAAAUUGUUUAUCACACAAGGAGGACUACAAUCUACAGAUGAAGCUAUAGAUGCUGGAGUACCUCUUAUUGGUAUACCAUUGUUAGGUGAUCAAUGGUACAAUACAGAAAAAUAUCAGUAUCAUAAAAUUGGAGUUAAACUUGAUAUGCCUUCUUUAACAGAAGAAAUAUUUAAAAACGCUAUUGUUACCGUCAUUUCUGAUAGAAGCUAUCGAGAGAAUAUAAUAAGACUGCGAAACAUCUUUAGAGAUGAACCACAGACACCAUUAGAACGUGCGGUUUGGUGGACAGAGUAUGUUCUACGGCACGGUGGUGCUAAACAUUUGAGAGCAGCCGGUGCCAAUAUAUCAUGGACACAGUACUUAGAGAUCCAGUUAAUAGUUAUAGUGUUACCAGUAUUGUUAUUCGUGAUAUUAUUAUUUGUAUGGGUUUUAAAGUUUCUAAAACAUUUUGUCAGAGAAAUAAUUGGCUCUAUGAUUAAAAUAAAAACAAAUUAAAAGUUA